AAAAUUUUAGAAAGACUUGCUUAAUUAAAUACUUAAUUGCUGUGAUUCAAAUUUGUGUUUAAUUUAAAUUUGUUCAUCGACAAAACACGAAUGUAAAUUUGGUUUUCUAAUUAAAAACGUGACUUAAAACAAAAACUAAAAGGCGAUGUUUGAUAUUUGUAUUAUCACCUGAGGCAGAUAAACACGGAAACGUGACGUGAUCAGUCUCAUUUGGCAAAACCAUUACAGUUCGUACACAUCGUUUUGGGGGGCAGUAGGUAUCUUUCCGAAGGUAUUAUAAUGGACAAAUUAUGUACGAGAAUAUUUGGAUAUACAAAAUUUCUGUGGUCUAAAUCAAACCGAUGGCAUAAAGGGUUCCUUAUAUUCGCGCUUAUAGAGACGAGAAUCUUCCCGGGAGGUCAGGUCGGCUUCCACUGCAACGACCCGGCACUGUCGCAUCCGUACACAGGCGAUACUAUCAGCUGGAAGCUACUGCUGGCCACGGUCAUAAUUCUACCACUCGUUGUUAUGUUAAUAGUGGAAAGAAAAUACCAUACUAAUAAGAGGAUAAAGCCGAAAGACCAAGCGCUAUAUUGGUACAGAGAGUACCUUUUCGGAGUGCUCCUCAACUUGAUAACGAUACAGCUGAUGAAGAGCAUCGUCGGAUCCCCUAGACCGCACUUUUUCGACACGUGUAGCCCUAAGGAGGCAUUGACUUGUGAGGGGUCCGAAUAUAUAGAAAGCUACACGUGCACGAAAGCUCACUGGCUCAAUCAGUCGGAUCGUAGCUUUCCUUCAGGACACACGUCUCUAGCUUUUCAUGCUGCGAUAUAUUUAGCUUAUUACAUAUCCAAUAGAUCGAAAGCAAAAUCUGCUUCGAUAAUAGCGAUUCAGUUGGUAUUGCUGACGAGCGCGGCUUUCUGCAGCGUGUCCCGGAUGAGCGACCACAGACACCACUGGUGGGACGUGGUGGCCGGCGCCGCCAUCAGUCUGCCCCUGCUCUGGUACACUAUUAGAAAUUUAUGCAAAAAUUUCGAUUGUUCUGUAAGUGAUGAGGAAGCCGAGAACCUGAAGAACGGGACCGGUGCUUACGUGAAAACUUAAUUUUGCAAAUUUUACAAAUAUAUUAAUAGUAAGAGCACUUUUUUUUUUAAAUCUAUA